GAAGAGAAGGCAACCCAAAGCUCUAACCCUCCCUCUCUCAUCCCAUCCAUGGCGGAGCAGCCUUCCUCCUCCCCUGCUACGGCCAAGCCUCCGCCGCGCAAGAGGCCGCGGUACCCGGAUGAGGCGGAGGAGGAGGAGGAGGAGAACGGCCUCACCGGCGGAAGCUCGUCCCCCGGGUCGCCGGCGGGGUACAUCUUCAUGUGCAGUGGCGCCACGAAGCCCGAGUGCUACGCGCGCGGGGUGAUGGGCCUGCCGCGGGGAAGGCUGGACGCCGUCUCCCGGAUCAGGCGCGGCGCCGCGCUCUUCCUCUACGACUUCGACGCCAGGCACCUCCACGGGCCCUACCGCGCCGCCUCCGACGGCGGGCUCGACCUCGUCCCCGCCCAGUUUUGCAGAAUGUUUUCGUCACUUCUUUCAUGAGUUAACCAACAGCCUAUGGCUUGAAGAACCUUUGCUGUGGUAUGUGAUUUAGUCUAACACUGGCCUACUGGGGUGUCGGCCUGCUAUGGACCAUGCAAUUGGGCUGCAACACCUUGCUGGUGUAAUUCAGCAAAAUUGUGGAGAGCUUUUGUGGUCUAGGACUGCUGGAUCUAAGGUUAAAGAUGAAAGGAAGUUUUUGUGUUAGCCAAAUACCCAAAUGUUGUAGUGUGUUUGUAAUAAAAUAUCGUAAGUUGUAAAAUUGCAAUGAUUGCAUACAUACCACGGAAUAAUCUUGUUACUAUCAUUAUUUGCGAUGUUUCUAAAAUAUGAAAGAAUAACAAUUGCAUUUACUUGAAAAUCUUUUUCUCCUUGCUUCUGUCUUCAUCU